AUGGAGUGCUCACAGGCAACUACACAUAAACACGCCGUAUCUGGACUGAGCACCGGCGCAGAGGAAGGCUCCUGCCAUGGAGCGGGACUGGACGACGUGUCUAGAAGAUCCGAACCGUCGACCUUCGCUGGAGGUUCCGGACCGUCGACCAUCGCUGGAGGUUCCGCACCUGGCACCGUCAUAGGAGGUUCCGGACUGUGGACCGUCGCCGGAAGCUCUGGAAUGGAAACCGUCGCCGGAAGCUCUGGACUGGAAACUACUGUCGCUGGAAGCUCUGGUCUGGAAACCGUCGCCGGCAACUCUGGACUGGUAACCAUCGCCGGAAGCUUUGGACUUCCGAACAACUGGUGUUUUGGACACCAUGUGACCCUCUGCUAUGUGCUGGUGGGCAUUAAUUACUUUCAAAGGAAGAAAUCCGCCCUGCAUGAGGUCCUGUCCGCUGGCAGAGACUGUCUGGUGGCGGGAGACUCAUGCUCCAGUGACGAGACCUGCAGCCCACGUCUGCGGACCCUGCGUCAGUGCGUGGCGGGCGACGGCAGCAUGAAGCUGGGUCCCGGGGCCCGGAGCCAGUGCGCCAACGCCGUCUCAGCCCUGAUUUCCAGCCCCUUGCAUGGCUGCCAGUGCAAACGAGGCAUGAAGAAGGAGAAGAACUGUCUCAGCAUCUACUGGAGUCUCCAUCAGUCUGUCAUACACGGACUCAACCUGGUAGAGAGUUACCCUUACAAAGCCGUGGAGAGAGACUACGACUCCGUUCGUCUGGCCUCCAUCACGGCUGACUCUGAGGCCAACGUGGCGACGGUGAACCGUUGCCUGGACGCAGCCAAGGCGUGUAACGUUGACGACCUGUGCCAGAAGCUCCGCACAGAGUACGUAUCUGCCUGCAUCAAACCCUUGGCCAAGUCGGGCCUCUGCAACAAGGCCAAGUGUAAUAAGGCCCUACGCCGGUUCUUUGAUCGCGUCCCUCCAGCCUACACACAUGAGCUGCUUUUCUGCCCUUGCACGGACAUGGCGUGCGCCGAGCGACGCAGGCAAACCAUUGUUCCCGGCUGCUCCUAUGAGGGCUCAGACAAACCCAGCUGCCUCAUACAGAUGAGUGUGUGCAAGGGUGACUAUGUGUGCAGGUCCCGUCUGGCUCAGUUCCAGUACGACUGCCAACCAGCCGAGUCGUCUGCCAACAGCUGCAAGCAGGGGAACUAUGGAGCCUGUCUACUUGCCUACACAGGCCUGAUAGGCAGUACGAUAACUCCCAACUAUGUGGAUAACUCCACAUCUAGCGUGGCCCCAUGGUGCUCCUGCUCUGCCAGCGGAAACCAGAGAGUAGAGUGCUCCGACUUCCUGGAAUACUUCACCAACAACGUCUGUCUCAGGAAUGCCCUCCUGGCGUUUGGGAGCGGGACAGACGUGAUGCCCACGUCCAGCGAAUCGAGACACCUCAGCCCAGCCACUGGCAGAGAGAGCCAUGCCAUCAACCCUCUGCCUGCUACUGUGGAGACCACACGGAACAUUCCGGAAUCAAUUAUUCCAACACAGGCCAGCGGAAACGACCGAUUGUGGAGAGAUUCUACCCUCCCGUCAGAUGGGCUCCCAAACUCUGCCCCCCCACUUGGCCUACUGCCUCCAACUUCCUUUACUGGCCUUUUGGUCCUACCUCUGGUCUUAUAUGGUCACUAAAUGAUGAAACACUGCCAAGGACCACCCAUAAAGCAGGAGUAUUUGUUCACAAAUUCUGGAUACAUUUUUGUCUUUAGCAUAUAGGCUACUCCGUCUCCUAAACAUAUACAGCAUAGUCCUUUACCUAUUUAUUGUGUGAGUGGUUCAGUUGGACUUGCAAGUCCCUUAGGUGUACGACUUGGAGAGACUGAGACAGAUUGGUUUCAAUCUGUAUACUUGUACAUUGUUAUCGCUUCGA